AUGUCCAGGACUCCGAAAUAUUGCUCCGCGGAUACACAGUGUUUCGAACGGAUCGAUUAUCGUCACGUCGCGGUGGUGGAGUUGUUCGUUUCGUUUGCUCGGGUCUCCCUGUUCGAGUUCUGGAGGAUUACGGCCAUCCGGAAGGAUUUGGAGAAGCCCUAUGGUGCAGAAUCAAGCUUCGCACCGGAGGGUAUACCACAGUUGAAGUGA